CUUUUACAUUGUUUUAUUCCUUCUCAUCAAACAACUAAUAUAUUCUCAAAAAUCAGCAUCCUUAUCUUUACCACCUGUCACCACCAAAUGCCACUACACGUGGGCAACAAUUAUGACUGACAAUGAAGGCGAUAAGUCAGUUGUGGGAACCAAGACAUUGAACGCAUUAAUCACAUCAAGUCUCCGAAUCGAUUCCAUCUAUGAAGCAAGUGUUGAGGAGGAUCAUCUCGCAUUUUGAAUUGGACGAAAGUACAGCUUUGACGACGUCAAUUUUCUUGGACAGCGAUUCGAUCAAAAAAGCCAGCAGUUUGGCAAGCAAUCGAAAUGCAAACAAGGUUGAUCGGUUUGAUCUGCGAUACCAACUUCGCCAAUUACGAUCAAAGUUUCAAUACCUUUUAACGUAUCUCCUUUGUCGCGCGUCAAGCAUCUUUGCAAAUACGGAGAGCAUAAUUUUACUAGUAUUUUAUUUUUCAUUGAUGUGAUGAACCAUCAUAUGUGUAGUAAUUCAUUAUGUUAGUUGCCCUGUAAUGUUUAUAACAUUGAUAUGUAUCUUUCUUCAUAGUAUCAAAAGAUCAUGAGCAUAAUAACUUUCAAAGUCCAUACUUUUAUUUUUUUGUUAUCUUUAGAUGUGCAGUAAUUUCUAUUUUCUUUCAUUUCUUUCUUUUCUUUGUAAUAACUUUAGUUAUAGUAUAUCAAUUAGUAAUCUUUAGUGGUUAUGCUUUUAUUCAAUAAAACUUUUAUUUUUAUUCCAAC